UGCAAACAAAGGCGCAACCGCCGUCUCUAUAUAUAUCUCUCUCUACGUACCAAUUCAAUCUCACCGUCACGUCAGGGUUCAAAAUAGCAGAUCUUCUUCUUCUCAUCCACCGCCAUUGGCAACCCCAGUCGUUGGUUCUAGGGUUUCUUCCUCUUUUGCACACUCGCAUCUUCUUUCGUCCUUUCGCAUUCUAUUUUCUUCUAUCGUUCUUCGUUUCGAUUUUGAGUUUCUAAAUCCGAAGCUCCUAGAAUCGGAUCCUCGGAUCGACCUGAGGGUUGUGGUUUUUCAAAAUAGGGCAAUAUCUUCGUUUGUUAGUACUUUAUCCUAUUCGCAAUCGAUCGGUUGUUUGGCUGUAUUCUUUAAUCUGAGAUUUUGAUUUGAGUUAAGAGCGUCUUUGAUCUGAGAUUUAGAGAUGAAGCGGUCGAGGAAAUCGAGAGGUGUUUCGUGGGCUCAUGGAGUUAAUCUUUGUCAGGUGAAGUUAUUCUCAUCAGAAGACUGCCCUUCAAAAGUUGGCCUGAAAUCUCCUGAUCAUCUCCAAGCAAGAACCUCCUCCAUGUUGCAUCCAUAUACCGUGGAAUCUAAUGAUUGCCCCCCUGGGUUCGACGUUACCCAUAUGGGUAACCAAUUAACAGAUCUGUCCUGCAUCCCUUUUAUUAAGUGGAAUUAUCCUCCCAAGUUUGUUAUGAGUUGCCACUGGCGUGUGGCAGCAGGAGAGGAGAGCAAAGAGGUGGAAUCUCAAGAAUUGAGGGAAAGGAGAUUUCUUGAGGCAAUUUAUCCCCGAGCAUCUGCUAUUCCACCCUGUGCAAGUGUUUCUACCGAUACUGAAGAUGAACCUUACAAUGAUAGCCUCACCCCUCUUGUCCCUAUCAUUCCUAUUGAAGAAGACGAAUGUGGAGAUAUGGAGUCAGAUUCAGCUGCUGUAGAAAGCUUAUCUACGAGCUCUAUGGAGAUGAUGGCUUCCAACAUUCAGUUGGAACCUUCAAUCCCGAAAUUUUCCACUGAAACUUUACCUGCUGGGGAAAAGCCUACUGAAAAGUUACCUGAUGUUGGUGUGGACGUGGCAGCUGCUGCCUCUGCUGCAGUGGUUGUGUUAAUGAAAAGCAUGGAGCAGGGAAGCAUGAUCGACACCAAUUUGCUUAUUAAGAUUUUCAGUGACCCAACAAUGAUUCCGAAUUUGAUAAACAUUCUUCCUCUAGCCAAAGCGGACUCUGGGAGCCCUCCCAUUGCCACUGCAGCACCAAUGUCCAUGUUGAAGCGAGGCAACAGAUCGAUUUUUUUGUCUGUUCCAAAUUCCAAUAUGAUUCAGAAGCUCCCAAAUGGAAGCUUACCGAAAGUGUCGAAUGGAGUUCCGUCUUCUGUAACCACCGUUCCUCAGGUGAGUACCAUUCCAGCAUCUGAUGUUAAGCCAUUUUCAGCACUAGAUCAUCCCCACAAGGUAAACACUACCACCCCAAAUCCCGGAAACUAUUCUAAAAUAGGUACAAUUUUGGGACAGGUGAAUAUAGCAGCACCGAUGAGUUCGGUGCGAAGAGGUCAGCUAUUGAAGGAUCUUAACUACUGUAAGAACUUAGUAAGACAGCACGGAGACCAGAAACAUGGACUAAAUGGUAAUAAUGACAAUCACCAUAAUCGUAAUAUGGUACACGAGAUGAAUGCAGAAAACUUUAAACCCAAGAAUCAGAAACAUUGCGUAUACUUUAAUAGCUUUAAAGGGUGUCGAAAUGGCGUUAAUUGCCAAUACAAACACGAUAUGUCACAUGACUGGCGCAUUGGUAACGUAAUGGAGAAUCACAGCGCUAAGAGAAUGAAACUGUGGGGCGGUGAAGUUGCAGGGAGGACGUAAUUGGGUGGGUGAGCUCUUUCACUAUCAUGAAUCUUUUUGUUGUAUGGUAUGAGGAAACUGUUUUCUGGUGGGGUGGGGAAAUCAGCACUGACUUUGAACGGGAAAAUAUUUUUAAGACCUAAUACCUCUUUCAAAUUAAAAAUCCGAUCGUUCAUCAUAUUCUCACAUGUAAUGAUUUGUUCUAAUCAUGUGAUAGGUUUUUUCUUUUGAGUUCUUGAUGUUGGGUACUCAGAUUCUCGUGAUUUAAUAACAAUGAAGAAAGAAAAAGAAAAUCUUGUUUUAGGUGAAAAA